GGCUCCUCCAGCCCCUCUCCAGCAGCCUGCUACCCAACUUCCACUGAGCCUCUGGGGGACAUUAGAAGCUUGGAAAAUUGAGAACAGGUUUUGAGAAUCCUUAGCAAACUCCUAACUGUGUGUUGAAACCCCAACCUUAAUGCCUCCUCCUCUAGGAUGCCUGUGGGAUCCUCCCUCUUUCUGUCCUGUCUCCUUGGGGGUGGGGUGGGAACCUCCUGGUCAAUGUCCAGCUCAGCCAUUUCCCAGGACCACAUGUCCCAAGUGCCUGCCCAGAGCUGAGGCAUUUGGAGUGACUGCUCGUUGAGUGAACAGUCAUGGAGCCCGGUCAAGGUCAGGAAGCUGUGUUGGGGAAGCUGCGGGCAGGCAAGGAGCUCGGGGUGAGGUCACUGGCUUCCAGCAAGAGAGAAGUGGGACAGGGUGGCCCCUCCUCCUCUCGUGAGAGCCCGAGGCCCACAGAGGACUGGACUCUGCUCUCCCCUCCAUUCCUGCACCCCUGCCUCUUCCCCUAGGAGCUGGCUGCACAUGUGGAGAACUCCAGGUUGGUGGCUUCAGAGGCUUGCUACACUGCAAAGGCCAGGAGGUGACAGCGGGAGUGUUCAACCCACGUGUCUCCACAGAUUGCUAAGAUGGGGGCCAUGGGGGCAAGGUUGCUGAGGUCAUGUUUCCCGCUGCUGCUGGCCCUGCUCCACAAGUCAGGGAGUCAGGAUCUAACCUGCAUGGUGUCCCCAAGCAAUGUGGACUGGACCCAGACAUUCAACGACACUUGCCUCAAUUUCAGUGGCCUUGGCCUGUCCCUGCUAAGGAGCCAGCCCCUGAGAGCCAGCCAAGUGCAAGUCCUGGACCUGUCUAGGAACGGGCUGCAGACACUCCCGGGGGGCUUCUUUGCCAGCCUGGAGAAACUGAAAACCCUGAUCGUCACCCACAACUGGCUGACCAGCGUGGACCAGUCGCUGGCCCUGCGCUGUGACCUGGAGCUCAGGGCAGACUGCAGCUGUGGGCUGGGGUCCUGGCAUGACCUUCGCCAGAACAACUGCUCAGGGCAGCAGCAGCUGCUGUGUCUCCACCAGGACACUGGUGCUCCUGGGAACCUCUCCACCUUCCUUCAAGUCAACUGUCCCCCUAGCCUGGCCCCAGGGACCAUCGCCGCCCUUGUUGUGGCAGGGACUAUCUUUCUGGCCCUGGCUGUCUGUGGAUCUGUGCUGGUCUGGAGAGUUCGGCGACACCGGAGAGCCAGUGGCCAGGGCCUCGGCAAAGCCCAGAAUGCACAGGAUGCCCCAGGACCAGUGACAGGCUUCCUGCCAAGGUACAGCAGCCGGCGACCUGGCCCCAAGGCCACGGACAGGCCACCAGCCACGUCCACGCUGGUCUAUGAGAAUGUCUUCAUUGGCCAGCCAGAGGAGGACUGCUCCUGGUCGGCACCCAGGAGCAGCCCUGCUGGGGACAGCGACUGCUACAUGAAUUACAGGGGUGCCGACCUGGACCCUCAGCCCCUCUACUGCAACCUGGAGUCCCUGGGGUAGGCCCCUCCAUACCACGAGGAGUGUGGGUUCUGAGACGCUGAGCCUGGCCUGUGGAGACAGACACGGGACUCCAAGACUGUUCCCUGCGACUGCACGCUGCCAGCAAGGAUCCAGAGAGGAUCCCCAAAGGGGAAGGAGAGUCAGAAACUGAAACUUCCCUCAGUGUGCAUACACGUGGUGCUCAAUAAAUGCCCUGGGACACGUGGGGCCGCUGGCUCUGAGUGUAGAACUGACCAAA